AUGUCGAGCAUAUGCGGACCUCAAGAGGGAACAGUUAGUGAAGUUAAAGUUGGAAGAAUAGUUAUCUUCGAUAUGGGGCAACAAGGUUGUGAAAACGAAAUCGUCUUCGUUAACUGGAUCGGAUUAUAGGCAUCUCCAGAUGCGCCAAAUAAAGCUUAAAGAUAAAGAGGAAAUCGUAGGCUUCAAUUGGCAAUUCCAGCUUUUAGUUUAUGCCUGCAGGGGAUGAUGGGAAGUAAGGUAUCAUAGUGCUGAUUAUGCUGAAAAUUUUCAAUAAAAACUACCGAAACAACUGAAAUAUUUCAAUAUUUACAGGUAUAAGCUAUCACUCUGUGUUUACACGGCCACCAUUUCUAUUUUUUCAGCAUAAUCAGCAAUGUGAUACCUUACUUCCCAUCGUCCCCUGCACGCAUAAACUAAAAGCUGGAAUUGCCUAAUGAAACAACUGUUGAUGACAUUAGAGUACUUGGUAGAAAGUUUCAAAACUGGAUUGUUGAUCUUUCGUCUCGGGAGAAAGGCGUCAUUUAAUUUUUGCGACUCUCAAAUACAGGUGAAGCAGAUGUAGAUGUAGAAGGGUGUCGUGUUUUUCCAGGGAUCACCAUUAGUUUGUACCCUACGGUUAACAUUGUCAUCCGCACACACGGUGAUGCUGUUCCAAUUAAGGUUGUUGAAAGUUCUAGCGAAAAAAUCAUCGUUUCACUGCAUACGAUUGAAAGGGCUUUACGUCAUGUUAAUGCAACCUGUCUAUACUUAGGCCAAAAGCUUCCUGACCAUAACGACGAUUAUACGAAAAGCGUGGACAUUGCUGUUUCAGGCUCCCGAUUUGUAUGCAUCAAGUCUUCCAGUGCUGUGUCAACAUCUAUAAUUUCGAAUUCAUGCUUGCUCUUGAUUCCAAGUGGUAGCUCCGCGUGCAAAGCUUGUCAAUACGCGUACAAGUUAUGUAUGAAUAGGAAACGUAAAAGAUCAGAGCGGGCGGAAUUGGCCAACUCCAUAAGUGAGCUCGAGGAGAGUAUAAAGGUAACCCUGCCACUUAGUAACCCGAAAGAAAAACCAACAAGCUGCAAUCAGAAUUUGGCCGGAGACGAGGCGAACAUUGAAAUGUUGUCAUUUGAAAAAUGCGAUAAUGAUGACCUACGGCAGAUAACGGAGGAGAUUGGGCUGAAGAACAACGUCCCGGAAGACAUGAAACUAUUGUGCGACAUGCAAAUGAAGCAGUUAGCAUCAAAAUCUGCAAAUGGUCAUCGUUGGCACCCUCGAUUUGUAAUUAUAUUUUCUCUAAUAGCCCGGUUAUAAUGAAUGUACCAAUUACAAUGAUUCUUUCUCAGACUGAGGGAAAAAUGAAACAUUUUCGCUGUUGGAAAGUAUACAUGCUUUUAGGUACAAUACAAUUAUGUAGAAGAUUAACAGGACAAUAUCGGUUCAUCAACUGCCUAAAUAUAUAUAUAUAUAUAUAUAUAUCUCGAAAAGUUGAGAUCGUUUUCUUCUACAUUUUAUUGAGACAGUUGAUGAACCGAUUUUCCUGUUGUUAUUUAAAAUUGUAAUUUUUCUUUCUCGUUGUAGAAUUGUCCGACUAGCACUUGAUUUAUACAUCAAGAACCCACACGUUCUCGACACCCUUCGCCAAUUUAUAAUCCUUCCAAGUAAUCGUCUAAUACAGUUUGUAUUUAUUUUAAUGUAUCAUUUUACUGACUCAAAAACUUGUUCACGAUUGCUGUCUGCUAACAUGUUCAGGAAAGAUUUAUACAAUAACUUUAUCCUGUAUCAAAACUUCGAUCCAACUUCUGUCAUUAAGAUAUUACAAGAACGCGGUAAACCAAGAAGCGGGUUGGAAUCAGGAGGUUAUCAACUGGUGUCAAAGUGAAGCGAAAAGGCAGCAAUUAAAACCAGCAGACUACUGGGGUUGUCUAGUCCUUGAUGAGAUGAAAAUACAGGUAUAUAUAUUUGAACGUAAAUCAAUGGAGGACUGCAUGAUAUGCAUUAAGUAUAAUUGAAUGGUAUAUAUUUGAGUACCUGUAUGUGAUUACAACUCACAAAACCUACAUUUACAGGAAGAUUUACAAUUGACUGUACGAAACGGCAAACACCAUCUAAUUGGCUUGGUUUCUCUUGGUGGACUUUAUGAAAAUAUGAAGUUAAUUGAGACAGGUUACUAAAAUUUAAAGAGUUAUUGACCCCGCCUCAAAGAAUAAUAGUGAAUAGUGAGUACGCGCAUGCUGUUUGCUUUGCUUUGAUCUUAUCGAUCUCCUGUUUGCAUGUAUAAGAAAAACGGAAGCUAAAAUGGAAGUAGCAACCCAUCUGCUUCAAUAUGUUUUUAUAAGGGACCUGCCUCGUACCCAGGCGCUUACAUGAAUUAUUCAGGUAGGCAUCCGACGCGCGAAGGGGCUGUUGGGAAGGGUGCGUGCUGGGGAGCGCCUGGCAGUUCUAGUAUACUGUCAUGGCGGGGAAACAGGGAAUGUUAUACAAAAAGUUACCAUAUCGUCAUAUACUCUGUGUGUAAAACCUUACUUUGUGAUGAAGAGUUGAAUUGAACGCCAUUGGCAAAUAAUAAUACAUUUGUAGAUGUUCAAUGACAUGCAAAAUGCGCGAAAAAUUAUGAGUGCGAAUAUUUCGAAUAUGUUAUUCGAUAUUACAUGGAGAAUAAUAAAAUGCUAUCAGUUGCUCAGUUAGCAUAAAACAGUAACAGAGAAAUGAUUAGAAAGUCAUAUAGUUGCUUUUGUAUUAAUAACUUCUUUAGCUGAAAGCUCAAUCAGUCGAUCACAAUGCCAAUGGCAAUUUCUAUUAAAUGUAUACUGUAAACAAAAGCCCAAGCAAAUAAAAGUUCACAGCCGUAAAGUUUGAAAUAUUUAUUACAAUAGUGCAAUUUUAUAGUCUGUACCUUUAUAUAGUUAUAGCUUACAAAUCUAGUUCCUGCAAGUCUAGGUCUUCAACGCUUCGGUUGUGACAUGUUAAUAUUGGAAUUUCCAUGGACUUUAAGGGCAUAUAUAUGUCAUAUAUACCAAGAAUAACUGCAUGAAUUCACGCCCGGAUGACAGAAGAAUAUUAACAUUAGUCAAUUCAACAAAAACAAGUAGCAAAAAAUCGUAAACGACAACGAAAUAGCACAACUUGCAAGAAAUCGUACAAAUUUGCAAGAAAUCGACCAAGAACUGCCAGGUGUCUCGCAGUUCAAGUGCACUCUUCCCAUCAGCCCCUUCGCCAUCUCUCCCCACUACAAUACUUCAUGUAAACACGUCAUAUGGGCAUCACUGUUUUUUUUACAAAGAGACGCCUGGGUACGAGGCAGAUAAGCGACUGUGGUUUCCGAUUUCCAGUGGCACACUUUCCAACCACCACAUGCCCACCUACUAUUCUAUACAUCCAAUUCUGGGAAGGUGUCUUACAGAUGAAAAAAGCUGGAUUUAGGUACCAUAUGCUUCAAAGAGCCUCGUAUUAAAAUAAGAUAUAAUACUUACGGCUAUAUGUCCUAUUAUUUUUUAGUAUCUAUUACGCAAUUUGUGAUGGAGGCGAGUCAAACCGACAGUUCAUAAAUAUACAUUUCUCCUCCUUCAGUCCCGUUGAAAUGAAUUUCUUAUCGUACAAUAUGCUCACAGAGGAUCCCAUGAUAUUUUUGAUGGAUUGUAAAGUAUACAAAUUAUUUCAUUCUAAAGGUAUAAUAACUAUUCAAUACCUAAUAAUACUAAUGUUAGUCUUUGUUUUUACUAGCACAAUAUCAAAAAGUUGAGAAACAAUCUAGAGAAAAGCUCGGCCUCUGGGUCAGCAAGAUGCUUGAAAAAUGGAGAUGAUCAUAUAUUUUGGCGGUUUUGGAAGGAUGCAUAUUUGUGGGACCAAAGUCAACAUUCCUGCCCUAUUCAUGAAAAACUAAAGGAGGAUCACUUUCAGUUAACACCGAGCUCACGUAUGAGAAAUAACUUGGCGGAAGAUGUUCUGGACAAAAAGAUGCUCUUUUUAAUGAAAGUACGUGUGUAUGACAAAAACUAAUAACGUAAUUUCAUAUUUUGAAUAAUCAAAAUAACCUAUAAUUUGCAUAGCUAUAGGACAUUUAGUAUGAACUGUUUAUUCAAUCAUUACUUCUAUAUAAAUAUGUAUAGGCUUACCAGAAUCAUUUGGAAUGCUCUGAAAACCAAGAACAUGCGUCGCGACUGAAUGGGAGCAUCAUGUCCUUACAGCAUACCAGUUUUAUGGUAGAAUUCUUCUCAAGCAAACAAGCAAUCUACGACUCUAACGACACUAGACUUCAGAGUUUGCUCUCUACGUUGUCGUACUUCUCUAAGUGGAAGGCAAGUGUCUUGAAGAGUGACGAAUUUAAACUUGUAAAUCAAACUAUG